AGGCCCCAGCAGCCGCCGCCUCCCCCUCCAUGGCCGCCGCUCUCGCCGGCUGCAUUGUGGGAAGCUGACCUCACUCGCUGCUGCCGCCGCCCCGCCGGCUCCGGCACUCUCCGCCAUGGGGGCCGUGACCGACGAUGAAGUUAUCCGCAAGCGGCUGCUGAUCGAUGGCGACGGAGCUGGCGACGACAGGCGGAUCAAUUUGUUGGUGAAGAGUUUCAUUAAGUGGUGUAAUUCCGGAUCUCAAGAGGAAGGUUACAGCCAGUACCAACGAAUGCUGAGUACUUUAUCACAGUGUGAAUUUUCGAUGGGAAAAACUCUUCUGGUGUAUGACAUGAACCUGAGAGAAAUGGAAAAUUAUGAAAAAAUCUAUAAGGAUAUAGAAAACAGUAUAGCUGCAGCCCAUGAGAAGAUUUCUGAAUGCAAAAAACAAAUCCUGCAAGCAAAAAGGAUUCGGAAAAAUCGCCAGGAAUAUGAUGCAUUGGCCAAAGUCAUACAGCAUCAUCCAGACAGACAUGAAACAUUGAAGCAGCUGGAAGCUUUGGGAAAAGAACUGCAGAAUCUUUCUCACAUUAAAGAAAAUGUUGAAGAUAAGUUGGAGCUGAGAAGAAAACAGUUCCAUGUUCUCCUGAGCACUAUCCAUGAACUUCAGCAAACCCUGGAGAAUGAUGAAAAACUUUCAGAAGCUGAAGAAUCCCAAGAAACUCAAAUGGAAACAGAGGCCAAGCAGUAGAUGUAAUAUGAAGACUGACAAUACUACUGAAGAAAGUCCAAGUAUCUUCAUGUUCUAUUGAAACCAACAGUAAGGGAGGUGGAGCUGAAAAUAGUUUUCUAGUGCUUCUGUGAAUUUUUAUACAAAAAUACUUGUUUUGCUUAUGCUUCAGGGGAAAACAGUUGCAGAUCUGUGCAGACAGGGACUUUAUGUUAAUUCACAAACUUUGUAAUUUGUGAAAUUGUGGUUUAUAAAGGAUGAAGCUUCUACACAGUGCUUGUGAACUAAGGUGUGUGCUAAACAUUGUCAAUAAAAGGUGUUUUCACAGGUUUUCC